UCAUUGUUCUUUCAUUCGUAUCAAUAUAUAUUUUGAUAUCAACUUUCUAUAUACCAUUUGUUUUGUUUAGAUAGCUAAACUGUUAAUUGAGAACAGAUGUUGCUAUACAUUUCCAGAUAACAUGCUGGAUAUUUACUUCAAAAUCAACAAUUUUACAUCCAACAUUAUAAUUGGGUCGUUUCUGCAAUGAAUGAAAAUGAAGAAGAAACUGACAGAAAUACUUUCCUCUCCCAAAAUAUUUUACUAGAUUGAUUGAAAUGAAUUAAGAACAUUUUGGAGACUUGGCGAUAUAGGAACUGACCACACUGUUUCAAGUGAUAAAUCAGUGAUGGAGAAAAACACCACAGGUCACCUCGAGCCAACUCCUGCAUUAUAUGGACUAAUAAUGAAUUUCACCAACGAUACCUAUGUGACAAAAUCUUCAGAGCUGAAGGAAAAUGAAGAGAGUCUAGCUUAUCAAACCAGUUUGGCAGUGAUUCUCUUCGUUUUCACACUCGCCACUACUUUAUCCAACGCAUUUGUCAUUGCAACGAUUUAUCAGUCGAAAAAACUGCACACUCCAGCAAACUUUCUUAUAGCGUCUCUAGCUGUCACCGACCUCUUGGUGUCCAUUUUGGUGAUGCCAAUAUGCGUAUUGUACACGGUGAGUCACACCUGGACAUUGGGACAAGUUAUAUGUGACAUUUGGUUAUCAUCAGAUAUAACAUGUUGCACUGCUUCUAUCCUUCACUUAUGCGUAAUCGCUUUGGAUCGAUACUGGGCAAUAACAGACGCAGUUGAGUAUUCCAAAAAGCGCACGCCAGCGCGCGCGGCGGGGAUGAUCGCGACUGCCUGGGUCAUCGCAAUCUGCAUCUCUCUACCUCCGCUUUUCUGGCGCCAGGUGAAGGCAGAGGAGUUGACUGAAUGUAAUGUCAACACGGACCACAUUUUCUACACUAUUUACUCCACGUUUGGAGCAUUCUACAUCCCCACUUUGCUGCUUAUCGUGCUUUAUGGAAGAAUAUAUGUGGAAGCCCGUAAGAUCAUUUUGAAACAGUCACCCAAAAAGGUAGGGAAGAGACUUACUUCAGCGCGCCUGGUCACGAACUCUCCUGGAUCUGUGGCAUCGACUUCACCUUUGCAGUGUGGAAGACAUGAUACCCACUCCGGUGACACGGGUUCCUCGGCAAGUGAGAACCAAGUGAAAGUAACCGUGUCUGACGCACUUUUGGAGAAAAAAAGAAUCUCAGCUGCUAGGGAAAGGAAAGCGACCAAAACACUGGGAAUCAUCUUAGGCGCAUACAUUAUAUGCUGGUUACCCUUUUUCAUUUACACCCUGGUGGUGGCCGCCUGUGAAACGUGUUUUUACCCCGAGUUGUUUGACUUUUUCAAUUGGCUUGGUUAUCUCAACUCGUUAAUCAAUCCAAUUAUAUAUACCAUGUCCAAUGACGACUUUAAAAAAGCUUUCCAGAAACUCUUGUGCUUCAGAUGUUGCAGAUCCUGAAAAGAUGUCUUCUGUGCCCUAUUUUGUUUGCAUUAUUGUUCUAUAGAAUACAAGAAAAAUAUUGAACACCUUUAUCAUACCCGUAUCUCUGCACAUUGUAAAUAUGGUACUGGAACUGACCCUGUAUAUAGCUCACUUACUUCUCGGGCUCUUCUUAAUUCUUAUUUCUAUUUCUGGGGUGUUUUUGUUCUACCUUAUGUUAUUUUAGGUAAUACAUUGAUAUUUAUACAUGCAUUGUUGGGUUUAAAGCUUGCGAUAAGCGUUUGCAUAAUGAUGACAUUUUGGGGACCUACAUUUUUACGAACUCGCCAACGUUGCGCAAUCCUCAAAUGCAGGUUUAAUAUGUAAUACAGCUAUACUUGAUCCGAUUAUAAUAAAUUGUGAACACAACUGAACAAAAUCACAGUUGGAAAAUUCAGAUUUGUUGUUCGUGUUUUGCAAGAGCUCCAAUUUGGGGAAUAUGUUGGCGCGCGGCGCAUUGAGCGUUAUUCCCAGGGUGACUGACCCUAAUGCAUUUCAUAUCCGCUGCACCAUUAGUAGGGCGUAGAGCUCUCCAAACCAGACUGGGCUAAAAGCAUUAUUUCUGUACAUUGGCUAGCUAUGAGAUUGUGUUUUUUUGUUUUUGUUUUGCAUACAUAUGUGUGUACAUAGGCCGAAUUAUAAUUUAGUUUUCUUUGUAAAACUGUCACAUGGAAAUAAGGGAUGUUACUGUAUUUAUUCUAUCAGGAUAAGUGAUGGAAAGGAUUAUGAUACGAUCGAACUGUAUUGGUUGACUAUUGGUUCACUAUUAGCAUGUUAAAGAUCAGUGGUUCCCAAACACAUACCCCCUCUAGCACUAGCGUCAGCUCACUCUCAAAUGUAGUUUUUUUUGCCAUAAUUGUAAGCCUGCCAAAGACACACAACGCGAUACAUUUAUUAGACAUAAGAAUGAGUGUGAGUUUUUGUUACAGCCGGCUCGUGGGAAGUGACGAAGUGCUCUUAUAGGACCAGGCCACUAUUAAUAAUAUAAUAAUAAUCAAUCAUUUAGCUCUUUAUUUAACCAUCUUACAUAUAAAACCUAAUUUAUUAAUCGAAAAUUGUGAAUAACUCACCACAGGUUAAUGAGAAUGGUGUGCUUGAAAUUAUGCACAUAACUCAUUGUUAUGCAUUGUUGGGUUGUAUUGGAGAGAGUCUCAGUCUUAAAUCAUUUUCCACACACAGUCUGUGCCUGUAUUUAGUGUACAUGCUAGUGAGGGUCGAGAAUCCACUAUCACAUAGGUACGUGGUUGCAAAGGGCAUCAGUGUCUUAACAGCGCGAUUUGCCAAGGCAGGAUCAUCUGAGCACAGACCAAACCAGAAAUCUGGCAGUGGCUUCUGAUUAAAUUACAUUUUCACAGAACUGCUUGUUGCAAUUUCGACAGGGCUCUCUUGUUCAGAUAUCGGUAAUUGGACUAGAGGCAGGACAUGAAAGGGAUAAUGAAUCCAGUUGGUUGUGUCUUCCGUUUCUGGAAAGUACCUGCGUAAGUGCGCACCCAACUCACUCAGGUGCUUCGCUAUAUCACAUCUGACAUUGUCCGUAAACUUGAGUUAAUUUGCACACAAAACAUUAUACAAUGCUGGAAAGAACGGUGUGUUGUCCUUACUAAUGCGUACAGAGAAGAGCUCCAACUUCUUAAUCAUAGCCUCAAUUUUGUCCCACACAUUGAAUAUAGUUUCGGAGAGUCCCUGUAAUCCUAGAUUCAGAUCAUUCAGGCGAGAAAAAACAUCACGCAGAUAGGCCAGUCGUGUGAGAAACUCGCUAUCAUCAAGUGAAAAUUAUGGUCAGUAAAGAAAACUUGAAGCUCUCUCUCAAUUAAAAAAAAAACGUUGUCAAUAUUUUGUCCCUUGAUAACCAGUGUUGUAAAAGCUUUACAUGGCACCUGCCCAUGUCAUUGCAUAGUGCAGAACAUACACGAGAGUUCAGGGGCCUUGCUUGGACAAAGUGAACCUUUUUCACUGUAGUGUCCUAAAUGUAUUUCAAGCUGUCAGGCAGCAAGAGCCUCUCGGUGGAUGCUGCAGUGUACCCAAGUGGUGUCGGGAGCAACUGUUUGCACGGUGUUACCACUCUACUAUGUCUCCCUGUCAUGGCUUUUGUGCCAUCAGUACAGAUACCAACAUGAGCAGCAGCUACGUUUGGCUACAUACGGACCGUUAGUGGAAUUCCCGCGAGAGAGUAACUGUUAAUGUGAUUGGAUGUUUAUUAUUUGACUAGGCUACCUGUAUUUGACAAUGUGUUGUUAUUUCGCUAAACACAAGAUGGUUUAAUUUUAUUUUAGGCAGUGAAACGAGGCUACUCAGGCGAGAAAAAAACUCACCCAAAUGUAUAUCCCCUUUGGAAAAUAUAAAUGGAAAAUAUAAAUGGAUUUAUUUUUUAUUUUUUAUUUUUUUAAAUGUGAAUCACAUUUUUAUUUGGCGUAACCCCGACGGCAGUGCGCAUACCCCUGGGGGUACAGUUUGGGAAUACCUGUUAUAGAUCAACUGAUGCUCAACCUCAAGUCUUGAGUUACAAGGCGACCAAUGUUCUUUAGAACUUUUAAAUGAGCCUGUCAAAGCUGAAUCCCUGGGAUAGUCACAAAGUUAAUUGCUUGACUGGGUGAGGAAAUCUUUUAUUAGGGUUUCAAGGAAGAAAGCCAGGAUUCAUAUAACCUGAAUGUCAAACACAGACCCAGACUGGUUUUAUUGUGGGUGAUAUUUACCCAAUAGACAUGACAGCUGAUGAACACAUUCAAUUUUACUGAACAAACAUGUAGUGUUUAACAGUGUAUGUCUGUAUGUGUUGGUGUAUUUGAACUGUAUGUUGAUACAUUUAAGUGCACACAUGUCUCUGUUUGUUCUGGCUAGCAUCAGCUACAAAAUAAUUUACUGUCUUGAAUUACAUAAGAUAACCAUAUCAAGAUACAGACAAUUAAUCAAACCUCUUGGCAUUGAUUUGUGAAACAUUGUGUUCUACAAUAAGGCCUAAGGCUUGCCAUACAUAUUUGGAAAUCAUUUUUGCAUUAUGAAAUGCUGUAAAAUAAAAGCU